UUUACAAAUAAAUAAUUCCCAGAAUAAAAAUGAGUAAAACCAUAGGUUUCAACGUUAGUAAUAAGAUUGUUUUGAUUAUUGGUGGAGCCUCAGGUCUUGGCAUUGAAUUAGUUAGAGAAUGCUUGAGAAGGGGAGCAAAAGGAGUUGGAAUGGCUGACAUAUCAGAAAGGGAAGGGAAAAAAUGGCAAACUCAAUUACAACAAGAAUAUGGAGAGUCCAAAAUUUGCUAUAUUAAAAUGGACGUGACAAACAAAACUCAAGUUGAUGCUACAUUUUCAGCCAUUAUAUUGUACUUUAAAUAUCUAGAUAUUGUUAUUAACACAGCUGGCGUUUUCGACGACAACCAUUGGGAAUCAUCCAUGUUGAUAAAUUUCAAUGGCUGUAUAAAUGUGAUAUUAUUCGCCUUGCAUUAUUUGAAAAACAACAUUAGCACCGACUCUGGACUGUUAAUUCUAUUUUCGAGCUCGAACGCUUUAGAAAAAUGUCCCUCAGUCCCCUUAUAUUCUGCCGCUAAGUUAGGAGUAGUUUCCAUGGCAAGAUCUUUUGGACAUCCAAAAUACUUUGAACAAACUAAAAUCAGAGUGAUUGCCAUAGCCCCAGGUUUAACAGAAUCGCCAAUAUUACUAGACUACAAUUCAAGAUGUCUAACUCCAGUGUAUGCCAGAAUGAAUGCUGAAUAUAUUAGAGAUGAAGUUAUUCAAAAGAUUGAUUACCUUUUGGAAUCUACAUUUGACAUCAUUAACAGUGCAUCUACUGGAUCUAUAUGGGUUAUUAAAGACAACGCUUUCUCCUUUGAAUUCAGAUUUGAACGCCUACUAUAACUGUUUUUAGUAUAGUACGUCGCCCAUAAUGAUAUUGUUAUACAAUUUUAUACUUAGAUAAAUAGAGAAUAUUUUACCUUUA